AUGUUAGAAACACAAAUUUCGCAAGUGGCACAACAACAAGCACCUAUUACUGGCCCUGCAGGUACAUUUCCUAGACAGCCACAACCAAACCCGAAAGGUUAUGCAAAUGCUAUAAUACUACGAAGUGGGACAGAAUUAUACGGACCAACCGACCCUAGAAUUCAAAAUCCAGCCAUGCACCAAGACCCUGGUAAAAUAACUAAGAAGGAAGACGAACUGAAGGAAAAUAAAAGAGAGGAGGCCAUAAAGAAAGAAGAAUCAUAUGUGCCUCCACCACCGUAUAAACCUCAUAUCCCGUAUCCUCAAAGAUUUGUUAAAUCCAAAAGUGUAGGACAAGUCAAGAAAUUUGUAGAGCUUAUGAAACAAUUGAAUAUCACAAUACCUUUUACAGAAGUCAUCACGCAAAUGCCCUCAUACGCUAAGUUUCUUAAAGAGAUCUUAUCUAACAAGAAGAAAAUUGAGGAUAACAAAACUGUUACACUUACUGCUGAGUGUAGCGCUAUAAUUCAAAACAAUAUGCCUCAUAAGCUGAAAGACCCAGGGAGUUUCUCCAUACCCUAUGUAAUCGGAAAGUUUGUCAUAGACAAAGCUCUAUGCGACUUAGGAGUCAAUAUUAGCUUAAUGCCCUUGUCCAUAUGCGAAAGGCUUAAAAUGAGAGAAUUGAGACCAACUAGGAUGUCCGGAUAA